GAUCACCAUGGCACCGAUGGCCAUGUACAGGACCUGGCCUUGGGGCAGGGCAGCCAGUGCAACAGCCCCAAGCAGGCAGCGGGGCAGGAGAGCCCACCCCUCCCAGUGCCCUCUGCCGUGAAGUCCAAAUCCUCCAGUGACAGUAAGAACCGUCACAAAAAGCCCAAGGACACCAAGCCCAAGGUGAAGAAGCUGAAGUAUCACCAGUACAUCCCUCCAGACCAGAAGGCAGAGAAGUCCCCUCCACCCAUGGACUCUGCGUAUGCCAGACUCCUCCAGCAGCAGCAGCUCUUUCUGCAGCUCCAGAUCCUCAGCCAGCAGCAGCAGCAACAGCAGCAGCAGCACUUCAGCUACCCAGGGAUGCACCAAGGCCAGCUAAAGCAAUCAAAUGAGCAAAUGGUCAAAAGUUCAAAUUCUUCAACUUCUGUCAACAACACCCCUCUUUCUCCUGUGAAAACCACCUUUUCAGGCCAGACUUGUGUCUCCUCUAUCAAGCCAGGCCCUCUGCCGUCUAACCUGGAUGAUCUGAAAGUGUCAGAACUGCGACAGCAGCUCCGAAUACGAGGCCUGCCUGUGUCAGGUACCAAAACAGCACUGAUGGAACGGCUGCGGCCCUUCCAGGAGUGUGGCAGCAACACAGUGCCAAACUUCAGUGAGAUCACCACCGUCACCUUCCCAGUCACUCCGACAAGCACCCUGUCAAGUUACCAAUCGCAGUCCUCCACCAGCAUGUUAUCAAAUGGCUUCUAUCACUUUGGCAGCACCAGCUCCACCCCACCCAUCUCUCCAGCCUCCUCUGAUCUCUCUGUGAGUGGCUCUUUGCCAGACACAUUCAAUGACGGGCCCAUGUCUUCUCCACAGUUCGGUCUCCAGCCAUCUCCAGUUCAUGGCAGUGCCGAAGAAAGCCUCAUGAGCAGCAUGAAUGGAGGGAGCAUCCAGCUGGAGCUGGAAGGGAUUGACACAGAGAAAGACAAGAUGCUGGUGGAGAAGCAAAAGGUCAUCAAUGAACUGACAUGGAAGCUACAGCAAGAGCAGAGGCAGGUGGAGGAGCUACGGAUGCAGCUCCAGAAGCGUAAGAGAAGCAAUGGGCUUGAGGAGAAGCAGCAGCCCACUCAGCAUUUCUUUGGUGUCCCCAUCAAACAAGAAAAUGCAGUGUCCAGCUGUCCUUUUGCAUCCAAACAAACGGCCUUGAAAGGCCAAGCCAGCAGCUCAGAUAAGUUAAGUAACUGUGGGGUGCCGCAGCUGCCUCACAUUGUAAAUAGCCACUGCUUGGAGACAGCAGGACAAAGCGCCAUCACCUCCUCAACAUUCCUGAGCCCACAGUGCUCCCCCCAGCACUCUCCACUCGGGGCUGCAAAGAGCCCCCAGCACAUCAGUCUGCCGCCAUCCCCCAACAGCCACUAUCUCCUCUCAGUGUCCCCUGGCUCACAAGCAGAAGGGCGCAGCGCGUCCCCGCAGACCAACAGUUGCCUUCGCACAGCAUCGCAGAUGACACGAAGUCAGCAGAUGGACGAGCUCCUGGACGUGCUGAUUGAGAGUGGAGAAAUGCCAGCCAAUGCCAAGGAAGAUCGGUCCUGCCUCCAGAAAGUACCUCAGAUAACAGUGUCUACAGGGAACUCCAGCACUUCUCUCCCAAAGUCAUCCACUGCAUUUGAGCAAGUCUCCUCAGCCCAGCUCUCCUUCGAGCACUGUCCAGGCAGCAGUGAUGCUCACCUCGAGGUCCUGCUGAAUGCCCACAGCCCCCUGGGGAGGGUCAGUGAAAUCGCCCUGCUUAAGAUGGGGGGAGAAGAGUCCCACUUCGAAGGGAUGAUGGAGGGGUUCUCCAGCAAAGCCGCAGAUGAACUGCUCACCUCACAGGAGAUUUUACAGACUCCCCUCUCGCCCAUGGAAACCCAGCUCUCCCCUUCCCCUGCUGAUGGAUCCAGUUUACAAAUGAGUUUCACUGAGUCUCCAUGGGAAACGAUGGAGUGGCUGGACCUCACCCCCCCCAGCUCUGCCACUGGCUUUGGCUCACUCACCCCUGCUGGUCCCAGCAUCUUCAACAUUGAUUUCCUAGAUGUUGCUGAUCUCAAUCUAAACACCAGCAUGGACCUGCACCUGCAGCAGUGGUGAAAGGGAGGGUGGUGGAGGCAGGAUACUGUAGGCCUGCAGCAGCCAGCACAGUGUUUCUAUCAUGCCAGGGAACAUGCAG